CUCUAGUGUGUGGGCUGCAGCACUUAAAAAUAAAAAUUCACAAUUCUUCAUGUAGUGCAUCAACUAAGACAUUGUUUUUGUUUUAUAGGAAUUACUCCAUUCUUGUGCUACUUCUUACCAGGGUAGGUCUGGAGAAGAUGCGUGGCUUUUUCAUAAAAGAAUGGAAUUCAGCCGGCGGUUUUGUCCCAUGGACUGACUGUCCACAGAAUGGUACAGACUUGUUGGCAAAGUUCACACCACAGCCUUAUGAAAGAAAAAAGAUUAAAUCUGGUGACUCAACAACAUGGGAUUUAUCAAUUUUCAUCAAAGCUCUUUUGUACUCCAAGCCUCCAUUUGUACCAAAAUCCAAUAAAGCUUUAUUUAAUGGCUUAAAGUGUUUAAUUGAUACUAGAAACACCCUUUGCCACACUGGCAGUGGAAGGAUUGAAUCAACAGAGUUCACCAAGCUGUACGCUGAUGCCUGCAAUGCACUCAUGCUAGUUGGUGCUUUACAAAGUGACUUCAAGAAAGUUGAGAGAG